AUGACGACGCAGACGGCGGGAAAGUGGCAGGUGCAGUCGGACGACUAUGGCAACAUUUACUUCUACAACAUCCUCACGGGCGAAUCUGUGUGGGAAUUACCCGACGAAGAGCCUGAAAUUCCAGAUGAGACCGACGACAGCCCACGCAAACCCCUCGACAUCGAACAACCACGAGAGCACUACAGCGUCUACGCCAUCGCAGUUGGCGUGGCGAAUGUCAUGGUGAAUAUUGUCGAAACUAUGGAGAAAAAUGGCGAACAAGUGAAAAAGUCAAAAGUUAAACGAAAAUUCAUGUCUCCCGCAGCGGAGAAGAGAUUCUUGAAAAACGCAGCGAAGAAGAAACACCUUCGUGAUGUCACAGUUACCACGUAUAUCAACUCGUUGAUACCCAUGAAUGAGUCAGGAAUACUCGAGAGUAAACAACUACGAGAAGUGGGCAGUUUGUUUACUGCCAAGGAAUCUCAAAGAUGGCUACAAGAACGUGAUCACGACCGAGAAGUGAAGCGACGAGCCGUGAGAAGAGCUCGAAGACAACAUCACGCGACAGUCGAGUCGAGACAAAGGCAUCAGCACCUGUUGAUCCAGUUUCGCUCCGAUCUUCUGAAGUAUUUGUUGGAGAAGAUAAAGUGCAGUAGUGAGCUGCAGAAGCAACGGAUUCUGCUGCUUACGACGCCCCAGAUGCUGGCGGAGAUGAAGGAAAAGAAACGUGAAAUGCUCUUGAAACUGGAGCCGGAGAUCGCGGAGAAGACGCUGGCCAGAGAGAGACUUAGCCAGCAGAAUUAUGAGAAGAAUGUCCGUAAAGUAUUCGCUACGAUCGAUGAAGCAGACACGGGCAAACUACACCUGCUUCAAAUUCUUUUCGGCAUCUUCUCGAAGGAGAGGCCUCAGAAGUACGCGGCAAAAAUACGAGGGCUAGCUGAGCUUCUGGGAUCUCCCGAGUUGCAGCGAUUCUUGAUUGAUUUUAUGUCGCAGGCUAGCAGAAACGAUGCGUCUGGUCCACAUUUGGUCACUGUACGUGAGUUCCGAGAGUUUGUGAGUAUAAUUGAGGAAGUAAUGGAUCAUUACGGAGGUGUUAAAGCUGCCGUUGAAGACGCUAAAAACGAUAUUGAAGCAGCUUUAGCAGCAUCUUCUUCGGGUGGAGUGAGUCUAGCCCAAGCACGAAUGGGCGCAUUGUCAGAGAAGAAGAUCAAGCAUGAACAAGCCGUCUUGAAAGAGCAUGAAGCGCAGCUAGAAGCUGCUCGACAGCGAGAAAAGAAGAAAGGUUUCGGGGUAGAACUGGAGAGUCUCGUGGCUCCCAAGGAAGAAUGGGAGAAAAACCAUCAUCAUCGAAUGAUUCGCUCGGAAGCGAGUGCUCCUGUGUAUUGCUGCUUGUGUCGAAGGAGGAAAUGGGAGUUGCGGAGAAGAGAACAAGAGGAAGUUGAGAGCGAAUACCGCAGUCACUGGCCUACAACACUCGCGUUACGCGUGAAAGAUGAAGAGCUGCGUUUUGCUAAAGAACGCGAUAGAGAAAGUGGUAUUCCAAUCGAAGCAAGUGAGCCAGCUCAACUUCCAGAUAAACCAGAGCAGGAGUCGAGCAUCCUGAAUAACAAAUACGAGCUUUGUGAUAAGCCUCGACGAAGAGUUCACAAGAAGAAAGUUAGAAGAUCACGUGGAAAACGAGUCGACGAUCCGCCCACUACGGCAGUACUGGAGCGAGUAAAUGUGUUUGAAAAAGAAGAACAAGAGCGGAAAACGAUGUACACGGAGGAGCUUCACAUGGUCAUCAUGUUAGAGCGCAAUCGUCGGAGCUACGAGCGUCCACUGCUGCGUAUCGAAGACGCUGCACACGACGCUUUUAUUCGCUUGCUUGGGCGCUGUGUGAAUCCUUCUGGAUUUUUGCUGCGUCUCAACUUUGAGCGCUGUUUGGCUUUCUUCCCACCGCAGAGAAUGGUUCUCGCAGUCUCUGAUAAUGGCGUCGAGGCAAAGAGACAAUCGAACCGUCUUGCUCUUCACACUAUCCCGUGUCGGACAGAGAAGAUGGCGGAUUAUAUUUUCACUCAAGUGACGACCAUGCAGAAAACUCUGCGAAGUCCUUUUGUAGCUGAAGUGGUGGCAGUGGAUAAGCACAUGUUCCAAUUGUUCUCGAAUUUGGGUCUCCUUGUCGAGUGCUGUCCGGUUGUAUUUGUCGUGACGGAGUAUUUUGACCUUGGUAGCUGGUUGACUUAUUAUCACAGAUAUUUUAUCAACGAGAAUGUCAAAUAUUCGGAAACGGAACAACACUUACGGAACGUGUUCCGAGAGGUGGCAUCCGGACUAGCAGCAAUGCACACUCUAGAUUUGCUGCAUUUGAAUUUAAACUUAGGAAACAUCUACGUUUCGGAUAGCCAAGAAGAUGCUAUCCACGUGAAGAUCGGCGGACUAUUAUCAUGGAAACACGACUUCGAAGCUGCCAACCUCCAAGUAUCCAGCAUGCACGAUGUUUUCAACUACAGCUACAUGCCUCCCGAAGUCGUCAAAGAAGCGCAGAUCACUGCAAAAGCCGACGUCUGGAUGCUCGGGUGUGCGUUAUGUGACGCUCUAUUCAUGUGGCAACGACGACAACUGAUCCUGUCGACUCCGAAUCGUCCUGCCCAAACUAUACAACCUCUCAUCUUCCACGCCCAAAGCAUCGGAGAACUCCUUCAAAGGCUCCCCAUCGCUACCAGUUUGUCCAUAAGAUCACUCAUUCGGAUGCUACUACAACCAAAUCCAACGCAACGACCGCAAAUGAGUCAAAUGAUGCCAAAGGGCCAUGCACAGCUGAUGACGCUCAAGGAAUUGUUCCAAGCAGCGCAGCAUGACGAUCUUGAAGCUGUUCGGGACUAUCUUCAGGUCGUUCUCCACGACGAGAUGGAAUCCAACUCUCCGAGCGCGAUCCAGGCGAUCGUGGAGCCCAAAACCAACAACUCGCUACUGCACUACGCCUGUGACAACGGCAACUUGGACGCAUGCAAAUAUUUACUCAUGUGCGAAGGGUUCGCCCUGGCCUUCCUCAAUGAGGUCAAUUCUUUUGGACACACUCCUCUGUUCUACGCUGCGAGUAGUGGCAACCUCUCAUUAGUCAAGUGGCUCGUCUCAAAUGGAGCAGACAUUGAUACAGACUACAGUGAUCGCAGUGAUAUCGUGCCUCGAGACGGAGAUUUGGGGAUCUUUACACCGCUACAGAUCGCCUGCUUUCGGGGCCACGAAGGUGUCACCAACUUUUUGGUUGAAUGCAAUGCCGAACUCUCGGGCACCAGGAGAAACGGCAAGACGCCGCUCCACAUCGCUAGUGCUCAGAACCACCCAGCGAUCGUCAAGUUAUUGAUGGAAGCAGGGGCCGAUGUUCACGCCUGUGACGAAGAAGGGAAAACGCCAGUGGAUGUGGCUCAUAGUGCUGUGUUGUCACUGCUACUCCCAGACGAAUAUGAAGUCCAACAUGAGGACAACGACCUAGAAACAGGCUCAGGAGACCAGGACGACGACGAGUUUGAGGGUGAUGACAAGACGAAGGGGAUGGAUAAAGUGAAAAGUGCGUUCGGAUCGGAAAUUGCGCGAGCGUUAAGGAGUAAAACCUGGAAGACUCGCGUCACUGCGGUCACGGACGCGGCCACGUGUUUCCAGAGUGACUUCACGAGGACAAACCUCUUGAACUUGUUCGAUGGCGCGUGUUUCAUGAUGGAAAUGGCCCUGCAAGAUGCUGUUACGCAAGUGGCUUCCAGUUGCUGUACGUCGCUCCUGAAGACUGCGUUCAACGCGGUGAUAAGUGACAAGGAAUUCCACUCCAGAGCGUUCCACGAGGAACGUCCAGUAGCUCAACGUAUUGCGAGUAUUUUGCUGCUCCGAGGAGCAGGAUCCAACGAGAAAGACUCGGGUGAAGCUGUGUCGUCGCUGCUCUAUUUGAUUUGUAAGAGCACAGACAUCACACGGCAUUUGACGCUUCAGAUCUCCCAAAUGAUGACGUCGUCAGCCCGACCGCUGUCUCCCAGUCCACAGGGGUCGUCUGCGUCAAGUACGAGUGCAUCGUGGCGUCACCAGCUCGUAGCGAUCAAGAUUCUCUCUGCAAUUGCCAACCAGUAUCGCUUGGACGAAAAGACGAGCGGAUUGAGCUUUGCCUACGCGAUGAAAACGAAAAUCAAGGGCUCAAGUGAAGCGAUCUACGAGCAUACUAAGAAUUGGUGCGAGUCGUUGUUCAAGCAGCAGAACCAACAGCUGAAGCCUUCGAUACAAGCCAAGAUCAACACUGGGUUGAAGAAUGCUCUGCAGAAGAGUAAGCGGUUGUCGAACAGAGCGGACGAGUCAUCAGAUACUCAUAACGGCGUAGAGAACGGCUAUACUGCUGCGUUCGACGUCCCAAGUGCGACCAUAUCUCCGCGUAGUAAAGUAUCUCAACGAGAAGAUGACCUUCCGUAUGCAGAGCCCAUUCAAGACCAGAACAAGGACGUCGCAGGCGACAUGUUGGAUUGUUUUGGAGAGAAAGCUACGCGGUGUUUGUUCUCCAACGCUUGGGCUCCUCGAGUGGAGGCUUUGAGCUACUUGCAAUACUUGGUGGAGACACGUCAACUCUCGUUUGAGAGCCAAAAUGUAGGUCGUGGGACUCUCGUAAGUGCGACGCAGACGACGCUACUGCAGGCGUUGCAAGACCGCGUCAACUCGGUGUUUGAGGCUGGCGUUUUGCUGCUGAUGGAGGUUUGUAUCGCGCUCGAGAGUGCAGUGGCUUCUCCUUUAGAUGUGGAUGUAGUACACGACCUGGUACGUCCGUUGAUCCCUCGACUACUGGUCAAACUCGGAGACUCCAAGAACCGACAACACGUCACUACCGAAGACGCCUUGUUGCUGUUAUCCAGACAGACUUCGUGCAUCGGUCCGGCGUUUCUACUGGAAGAAAUGAUCGCGUGCGACCGGAACUCGUCUCCGCCCACACUCUCGGCCACGUACUUAACCAACAAAAUGGCUCUCGUAUCGAAAUUGCUGCUGGAAUUCGGCAUCAUCGAGAGUUCUUCGGACAACAAGGGACUGUUACCAAUCCGGAAUGUACUGCAGUUAGCACUGCAAGUCAGCGAACACAAGGACCCCAAGGUGCGUCAAAUGGCUCUACAAAUUGUGGCCGACGCGAUGCAAGUGGCGCGUAGUGCUGCCAUGCCCUUUCUUGACGCCCUCGCGCGCGCUAGUCGACAGAAACUCAUCUCCAAGCUGGUGGAACGAGGUGUGAUGGAGUCCGAUAUGCUCAUGGACGAGGUGGACGACUUCGAGAUUCCCACCGAGACAGCUCGACCCGGAACGUCAGGGUCGAUUCGUCCGCCUACUGCCUCCGGAUCGUCGACGAAACACCGACCAGCACUUACGAAUCCCUCGCUAUCCGCGAACUCUGGGGCUCAAUUGAGUAGUGCGACUCAGUAUCAACCUGUUCAGCUUCCGUACGGAACAGCUCUGACAAGUGAGCAGAAGGAAUCGUUCUCUAACAUCAUCCAAGGCUUUGGAGAAGAACUGGUGCGCUGUUUACUGGACAAGGCGUGGGCUCAACGGGAAGCUGCGAUUCGAGAAGUCGAGCGCCAAGUUGUGUGUUGUGCCAGUGGUCGAGUGGCGGGUGAUACGGCACUACCAAAGACUCUGGAGGCUCUUGGCAUGUUGGCGCAGGUGCUCGAGCUUGGUCUUAACGACACCGUUGCUCGUGUUUUCCAAUGUGCCUUGCGUCUGUUCCAAGUGAUUGCUACCGAAUUCUUACCUUUGGUGGCUUCCGAGCAUCAGUAUGUGGACCAAAUACUGGAAAAUGUGGUGGGGCUGGUGCUACAGAAGCUGGGAGAUACCAAACAAAGACUUCGACAAGACUGCUUUACUCUCUUACACUCGAUGGCGUCUCUAAGUCACGUUGGCCACGCUCGUAUGUGUAAAAUGCUGGCAGAAAAGUAUCAGCAACUUGCGACUUCCUCGAACGCUGUAGCAGCAUCUCCGCUGGUUAUCGGAGAGUUGUUGAGGUUGUUCACGAUGCUAGUGCGAGAGGCACCGACCGGUGCGACCCACGACCAACCAGAUUUGUCUCUUAUCUUGAGUAUCGUCCGCUCCGCACUCGACAACAAACACGUCGAUGUUCGCAAUGCCGCUAUAGCGACUUACGUGACAAUGUACGAAGCCACAAACGGCGGCACGAACGCGUCGUACGGGGCAGUGGAUCUCAACAGCUUCUUAGCUCAAGUGAAGCCUUCAAUUCGAGAAACUAUCACUCGCAGCGUAGUACAGAUCACCAAGUUACUACCGACAAGUUCUCAUAAUAGAGAGAACAACGAUAGCAGCCGACCCGAGACCGAUAGCGCCAGGAAGCUCCAGAGACCACUAGGUGUCGAUACGCACAAGCUCCAGCAGAUUUGUACUGCUCAAAUCACUGAGCUGCUCACUUCCCCCACGUGUAGUCCUGCUCAACGGUGUCGUGGUGUGAAUAAACUGGUGGACUACCUCGUGGAUUCUACAUCUGGUCCGAAUUCUAAAGGCGCAUGGGAGACGUGCUGUCUUGUGGCCAAGCAGCUCACUCUAGACGCUGCACCUUCCGUCUGCUUGGCUGCCUUUGACCUGCUUCAACUGCUAAUCGAUCCGCCGUGUCCGAAUGCUAGCUACGCCGUUCCGUGGGGAGAGUGGGGGGUGCAUCUCGUACUGGGCUCCACGAUCCGAAGUGUAGUACAGCAAAGCGCGAGUGAAUGCGUCCGAGUCCGCUCGAAAGUGCGCGAUAUGUUGCGUCUUGUGGCGGGUAAGAGUGCUAUUGGCAAGAAUGCAGUUUGUAACGCUAUCCUCAGUGCUCCAGAGCAAAGCGAUACAGGGGAAUGCAUCGCGACACGGAAGAUCGCCUUGACCAAACUACGCUGGCAAUUGACGUUGCGACUGGAACUUCUGUAUGAGUUUCUAAUUGUUAGAGACAGUAGUGAAGGUGGAGCGACGUCCGGAAGACGCAAAGCGAGUGCGAAGUCGUCGUCGAUGGAGCCAUUAGGCUUGGACAACGUCGUGCCAUUCCUCGGAUCGUGUGUGACACAUCCCAGUCCAAUGGUGAAGACGGCGUCGAUCCAGAUCGUGCGGUUCUUGCGUGGCGUAAGAGAAAAAGAGCUCAAUGCCUUUAUCCAAGCGAGUUGCUCGCCUGCCUUACAGCGGAGACUGCAAACUCUCAUGGCCCAAGCGGCUCAAAGUGAGGACGAGGGCAACAACGCCGAUCACUUUGACGCAGACAGAGCGACCUGCGUACGUGGAAGUCGCGCGUCUCAUGUACGGCGUGUUGCUGCCUUGAGACCUCCAAGGUCAGUGCCUGUGGAGGAGAAAGAGAUGAUGGCCGAUGUGUUCCCGCCGCCGAAUUCGGCUCCUGGAAUGAGUCGACGAACCGCUGGAGACGACGAUGACUCGAUGGACGAUGGGAAUAACGUGGAAUCAGGUCAGCAAAACAACUCGAAGCAGCAGCCAAUUUGGCUUGAACAGCCCGGUUCGAGUGGAUUAAGUAGGAAAGGUGAUGACAUGUUUGGGGCGAUAACUUUCGACAACGGCGAGCCGGAGGGACCUGUGGUGGUUGGUGGAGGAGUGGCUGGACUGAUGAAAGCGAGGAGGAAAACUGCGCUUCGUGGAAAUAGUAGCAACAACGACGAAGUGAAGGAACGUUCUUGCAAUGGAAUCUACUGA